GCGCCUGCGCGUCGCCAUCUUUCUAAAGGAGUGUACAUCUUGUCAUUCGUUCUUCUCCGCGCCGGGCUAGACACCGGCGGGGCGGGACGGGGCGGAGCCGGUCAUGGCGACCGGGGAGCUCCGCGAGCAUGCGGCGCGGAUGUCCACCCAGGGGUCCCAACCUGGCGUGGCUCCCGACACCGGGGCAGGAGCUGCGGGGCUGCCCUCCGGACACAGCAGCGGCGCGGCCCUUCGGCUCGGGGAACGCCCGCCCCCCGCCAUGGAGAAGCGGGGACCCUACUUGGUGACGCGCGCACCUUCCAUUCAGGCUAAACUGAAGAAGCACCGCGACCAUGCCAAGGCCGUUCUACGGAGAAAGGGCAUGCUGGGUGCCUUGACGAACCGCCCCGAUUCUUCAGGGAAAAGGUCAGUGAAGUUUAACAAGGGCUAUACUGCUCUUAGCCAGAGUCCAGAUGAACACCUGGUGUCCCUUGACUCUGACAGUGAUGGGGAGCUGGAAUCCAGAUACUCCUCCGGGUAUUCCUCAGCAGAGGUAAACCAGGACGUGAGCCGGCAGCUGCUGCAAGAUGGAUAUCACCUGGAUGAGAUUCCAGAUGAUGAGGACCUGGACCUCAUUCCUCCUAAGCCUAUUGCUUCUUCCACGUGUUCUUGCUGCUGGUGCUGUCUUGGGGAUUCUUCCUGUACCCUGCAGUAGCCAUAACCCUCCAGGAUAGGCCAAUGGCCCUGAUGGCCUUUCAUAGCUCAGUGCACUGGGUACCGCUGCCAGCCCAGAACCACUGGAGGCACUGACCUCUGGGCAGGCCAGUGGCCUACAGGUAACCCUCACCUGGUGCUUCUCAUGUCAGAGGCCCUGUCUGGGUCAUAGGUGAUAGGUGGCAGUCUGCAGGUUUCUACUGGGGCAGUUUCAGGAAGCCACUUUAAUAAUGGCAGGAGGAGAACCACUUUCUGUGAUUCUUAUGCUGCUGAUGAGGAUUGUUAAGAAAACCAUUUACAGACCUUCUGACUGGCGUUUGUCAAGGUGUUCUGAGGAGGGAGAAGAAAGACCUCCUCCACUCAUGCUGUACUGGGGGGUGUGGUGGGAGCCAGGGAACAGCACUUCGUGGCUUACAGGAGGAAGAGUACAACUGGGACCAAGUCAAGUAAGCACCAAGUGGGUUGUUCCUUCUUGUCUGGUUAUGACGAGGAAUCUAAUGAUGUAGGACCGUGGCUUUCAGAACCUAUGGACUUGGGACAUUCUGGUCCUGCUGUCUAGAUGGGCUUAGUGACUCUGUCAGCCCUACCCCAUUAGAAGAGAACCUCUCAGUCAUGUAUGUUUGUUUAUCUGUAGUUCCCUGGCCUUGGAGAGUUUUUCCAUUUUUUUUUUUUAAGGUAAAAAUUGGAUUGGCUGCUGGGACCAGAAACCUGCAGUUUUUGUGAUUACCAGCAGAGGGAGCUGCUGGGAAGUCAGUGCCUUCUUAUGUUUGGCUGUUUAAGCUUUAGAGAAGUAUUGAUGGAUGAGAGCUGAUGUCCUGCUGUAGCUAGCUGUGUGACUCUGGCCUACAUGGAAAUGUUUAGAUAGGAUGGGGAGAGGAGACCUAAGCCAACUCCUGGACCCCACUUGAGUUGAUGAAUCUGCAAUGCAGGGGGGGGGUCUUCCCUUUAACAAGGCACAUUGCUCCCCCCGACCCCCCACAGGGCUCACAGGCUGGAGGUGUAGUGCUGGUAGAGUUCUUGCCUAGCAUGUGCAAGGCUGGGGAAGGGGGUGCUCAAAACGAGCCUGUGGGUGAGCACAGCACAAUCCCAAGCCUGAACACAACAAAUGCAGGACUAAUUUCUCCUGCUAUACUAAGCCUCUUCCUGGAAUGUCAUUUUCCCAGACCCCCUUCCCCAGGGUCCUCUUCUUUGUUUUAUUUUACCCAGGUGUGCGGCGAGGCUUGGGAUAGAUAUGGUUCCCAACAUAAGGGGCACAAUAGAGUUAGGGGUUGGGCACCACAUGUGACGGUCCUGUCCGGUGAAUACUAGAGGCUUAGGAGGAAUGACAUGCCCCCUAUGUCCCUUCACAAGUAGUAGCAGAAAGGGUAAGAUCAAAAACCAAGCCUGUCCUCAGGAUGGCUGCCAGUGCCUAGCAGGGUUUUUUGUUGUCGAGCUGUGGAAGGUUGAAAACAGUGGACUGUGUCUAGGGGCUUUUUACUCGACUAUCCAACAGCAUCACAGGAGGGGUGAUGGGACAGAGGCACAUCUGCUUAGUUGGGUCUCAGAUGCUGACUGUGCUCUGCAGUGGGAGUCUGCAACUCUGUGCAAGGACCUCACAUUCUGAGCGCUUAGUGUAAGGCCUGCAGGGAAGGAACACGAACCGUACCCAGGCCUUCUAAGACUCUGCAGAAGUGGAGACCUCAAGUGCAAAGGGAGUAGAGAGAGACUUGGUGCUGGGGUUCAGUGAGGCCAGAAGUGGUUGUGGAACUUAAGUAUGGAGCUAUAUUUCUAUGUGGACAAAACAGUAGCCUGGACAUUUGGCAGCUCCUGGGGGUGGGCCGUACCCCCCAAAACCACACCCUGUGGGAUGGUUGGGGGUGGGCUGUACCCCCCAAAACCACACCCUGUGGGAUGGUUGGGGGUGGGCUGUACCCCCCCAAACCACACCCUGUGGGAUGGUUGUCGCUGUAGUUAACAUUGAUGUACUUUGCCGGAACUGUCCCUGGAAAGAACUUUCUGGAACUGGGUGGGCUAGUCAGGGAAGGCUCCAUGUUGUCCACUAGGAGGGGGAGAAAUGGACAGCUGUCAGGGCUGGAUAAAAACGAUGCCAGGAAAGGCACAAUGGUGCCUACACCCUAACUGCCUUAACUCCGAGGGCUGGGUGUCCUACAGGAGGAAGCUGUGGGGAAGGAUCUGAGCCUCCUCAGGAGCCGCUCCCCGGGGUUUACACUGCUCCUCAGACCUCUCUCAGCUUGCACUUUCAGUCUGUUAUAAUAAAUGCAAUCCUGGUAGUGA